UUCCUUCGAAAGUUGACGGUAUGCGAAACGGAGAGCUGGAGCCUUCUGUUGCGAUACAUAGUUAUGCUGCUACGAACACACAUUGGAGCUGAUCUCUCCCCUUUGACACAGCGACACAGGCUAGGCCCGAGGCCGCUUGUCUAGUCGUGAUAUACGGGUCACGUGACACGGACUCCGCGGCGCGGGUGCGCCGGGUAGCACCUGUGGAGCACUAGGGGGAGUGCACAGAGGCUGAGGACGGUUACAGGCAGGUUGACGGCGGUCAACCACCCCGACUCGGAAAUGGCAACGACAGAACAUACCAAAGGAUGGCCAAAUGAAGACGUUUAAUUAUUCAUAGGUGAACGUCGCGAUGACGUAACUCGUGGUCUCCGAAACUUUUCCAAAAACUUAUGCCGCGCAGAAGGAUUAUAACAUGUACUCUUUUACGUGUUUAAUUGCUCUUUCUUGUUAACCGGUGGAUUCUAUUUUAUUAUUUAUAUUUAUUAUCAUUUCUCGUUGGCCCACUUUUAUCCGGGGUUGAAUCAUGGCGCUGUCCCAGAUACAGUGUUUGGACGAGAACCAUGUGAACCCGCGGACGCACGAGAACAAGCCCGAGUUUUUAUACUGCGAGAACCAGCGACUCGCGCUGGAGGUGCUGCUGCAGGACGGUCGCGAGGCCUUCCACGGGUUCCUCAAGGCUCGCGAGCUGCGGGGCUUCCUGUCGGACUCCGAACUGGACGUUCUCACCCGGCUGGUGGUGCCCUACGACCCGGGCUCCGACGUCCUACACGCGAGCCCCUUGGAAGACAGCGGCGACGCCGAGGACGGCGUCCCGCUGUCUCUGCACUACUGGCCGGAUCUGUCCGACACGUCGGUGCCCGAGCUGGACCUGGGCUGGCCGGACAGCGCGUCAUACCGGGGGGUGACCCGCACCACCGUGUACACGCAGCCACCGCAGGAAGGCCAAGCGCACAUAAAAGAGAUUAUUCGGAAAAGUAUUGCGCAGGCUACAAAGGUGAUCGCCGUAGUGAUGGACCUGUUUACAGAUGUCGACAUCUUCCGGGACCUGUUGGAGGCGGGGUAUAAGCGGAAGGUGUCGGUCUAUAUCCUGUUGGAGCCCUCUACGCUACCUCACUUCCUGUCGAUGUGCGACAGGGCCAAAAUGCACCAAGGACAACUCAAGAACCUGCGGGUGCGCUGUGCAGGGGGAGAGGAGUUCUUAACACGGUCCUGCACUCGACUGCGCGGCAGACUGGGACAUCGCUUCAUGUUUGUGGACGGUGACAAGGCAGUGUCUGGAUCCUACCGGUACACUUGGAUGUCAUCAAGGCUGGACAGACACCUCAUUACCGUGGUAACCGGCCAAGCAGUCGACGCUUUCGAUCGCCUGUUCUGUGAACUCUACGGCACCUCUAGCGCCGUCGACCUCAAGCAGGUUGCCAUGGAGCCAGAGCCUGAGCCCGAAUUCAUCCCUCAGCCCGUCGCCGUGGCCCCUUCUGCUGAAGUCACUAGGAAACGGCACAACCCUAUGUACGCCCUGCUUGGCAUGAGUAUGAACAACGCCAAUCCUGCCUCUGGUUCCGUCCCAAACAGCCCUCUAGACUCCAACACCCAGGAUAAAGUGGGAAUGGGGACAAAGGCCAAAAGGAAGAUGGCCGCAAAGGCAGCUCAGGUGGAAGCUCCUCCUCUCCAUCCAGGACUGAUGGACAUGGAGAAAGCUUAUAUGAUCCCAUAUCUGCCUACUUGGCCGGAGCCCGACCCGGACAGUGAUGUCAUUGGGUUCAUUAACGUUCGGGAUAACAGUCGGCAGAGCCAGGUGCAUAUGCAGCGCUCUGAGAGGUUUGAGACCAGCCAAGCUAUUCGAUUCAGCAGUCCAUUCAGCAUUCCAAAGGAGAUCCUUCCAGAGGUGGCCCAACUCAGGCAACGUGACAGUAAUCUCCAGGACAUUACAGGGAAAAAAGCUUAUCCCACACAGGUUGGCGCCCAAGAAGUUGCAGUUUAUAAAGAACAACCCAUAUCACCAAUCACAAGACUAUCUUCUACCCUUGCCACCAAGCCAUUAGGCCGAGAUGUGCACAUGAUUUUAAAUAAAUCAGUACAUAUCAUGACCUCUGAAACAAAAUUAAAGGCUGAAAAGCAACCUGUCAAUACUGAAUCUAAACCUUCUACAAACCCUGCAUCCCAACAAAUCACCACACCUCAAAUCGACACACCUACAUCUUUCAGUGACAAAGCCCCCAUAAUUAAAACUGGAUCUGCAGUGCCUACCCGCCCCGUACACUACCUAAUACAAGAGACCACAGACACAGAGAAAAAGAUACACAUUGAUCUUCUCUCGAAUUUGGACCACACGCUAACCUCUAACCCUGCUCCCUCGCCUGUCCAGGCUAGCCCGAUUGCAGUAUAUCAGCAGAACGCGGCACCAACCGUACAGACACAAAACAGGAUUGCAAAUAAAGUCUCAUGCAAGCAGGAUCUUGGUACAAAGCCACAAAGCCCCUCCAAAGAAGACUACAUUCCCUCCAUCCCAAGCCCCACCCUUAGUGGCAGUAUCUCAGCUUCAAAGGUCUCCCCUACCCAGCCUCCUUUGGGAAGGUUUACUUCCCCUUACGUCACUACCUCAGUCUCAGUUACCUCAUCACCCUCCCGCUCCAUAACCAAGUCUCCAGUGGUCCCGCCUGCAUCCCCCAGUAUCUCUUCCCCUCUUCCAUCUUCCUCCAUCUCUUCAUCCUACUUCAAUCCUUCAAUGAAUUUCCACUCCUCCAACACAUCUCCUCUCCUUUGCUCUGGUCCAUCCACCUCCCCUCUUACUCCACCGGUGCCCAAACCACGUACAGUCCACCUGCUGAUGGACAGUGGGAGCAAAUGCAAUGCUCUGAACCAGCCACUUGACUGUGGAGUGGUCUUGGAGCAUGGGAAACUGUCAGGUUUCGGGCCGGUGGUGGACGACUGCAAGCCUGUUUCCAAACAGCAGGAGGAUGCUUUUAUGACGUCAACAAGGAAACAGAUAAGCCCUAAAACUGUGGUCAAUUCAACAACAAAAUAUGCCGAAUUACAGGAAAGAAGAGACAUUAAAACCCAUUUGGUGAAUGACGUAAAAGAUGGAUCUUAUAGGGAAUUCCCUGACCCCAAGAAGGCAACUAACCAGAUGCCCCAAUCAAUAUUGACUGUGAAUACACUGCAGGCUAACGACAAUCAAUUUGAAGAUACAAGGCCGAAGGAGUCAGGGAACACAAACCAAGCAGGGUUCAUGGUCAGAUCUCCCAGAGUCAUUGAGGAGCUCAGCAAACCAGACAAAGUUAGUAAGGUUGUGACGAAACCAGACUUUCAACAGGCCACACAACAUGUGCUAACUAAUGAAGGUCUACUGCAAACACACAGCCAAACCCAUGCAGCUAAAGCCUCUGAGUCCCCUUCUUCUUUUCAUACAUCAGAAAACAACAAAGCCAUUGAUAACCAACAUAUACCCAAACCAAACAAUGAUACACCUGGGUCUUUGUCCAUUAUUGUGGUUGAUAGUAUUUCACGUGUGCAAAUUCAAGGGGGCCAACGCGGUGUCAAGACUUACCCCUUCAAUGACGAGGCUGUAAACAACGUACACUAUAGGCUGAAUCCAGAUAAAGGCAAAGCCGAAAACGACUCGCGCACCCCUGAAAAGCCAACGCGCCCACACACCCUUAAAUUAACCUCGCCAACUACUGCCGGCCGGCUCUCCCCUCGCACUCCCACACGGAGGACCCCAGACGGACGCUCCUGCUCCAGCCCCGACACUCGGACGCCGACCCCCGACACGAGUGACGGGUACGUCUCUUCGAAGGAGGACUCUACCACCUCAGACGAAUACUACGAGUGCGACGAAACACGGCGCCCCUCCCCCGUGUUUGAUCAAGGGAUCGGCCUGGAUAACAGGACAACGGAUCACAGCUUCAAAGCCCAAACUAAGUAUGGAGUAGGAUCUGAAGGGGAGAGUGAGAGAGAGUAUAAAGUGCGGAUUGGGAAUGAUCGAGCAGCCAUUUUAGCUGCAGGUGAGCGAAGUCGAACAGUUUCGGAAGGCCUUUCACAAAUAGCCAAAAAGGGAAGUCUCUUGCCCCUGAAAACCACAAAACAGGAAAAAAGUUUAAUUUAUAAUAGUCCCCAGAGCCAAUCGGACCCUCUGGAGCCUCUGGGGGUUGACGGGUACCCCCGUUCUGCCUCAGGAAAGAAGUCAGCCGACAUCGAAACCUCUCCUCCGCCCAUAUUCAGACAAAUACUCCGGAGGUCUUCCUCCUCAGCAUCCUCCGAGAACACAGUCUCCCCCUUCAUCACCCCGGUCCCCUCCCCGGCCCCCUCCCCGGCCCCCACCCCGACACCAAAGAGAGCUGCCGCCCAGCCAAGAGCGCCGCCACCAGACACCGUGGUGGCUGGGCCUGCUGUGGUCUCCGGCCCGAGGGUCCAACCGGAGGCAAAGCAAGUGAUAAGAAAAGAUAGUCGUGGUGAGUUAGCAGAGUUGACCAGGAAAUGGGAAGAAGGAUGGCAUUUUCGGAGGGAUGAAGAGAAAGACCCAGAGCUCUUCACAAAAGGGGGACUUGGUACCAGCUCAGGGGAGUCGCAUUCAGAAACAUCAGCACUAAGAACCAGCGGAGCCCAGAUUAGAAGAGGGCCUUGGGUUACAAGAGAAACAGAGGAAAAGAAGGGUCUGCAAACUCCACCCAGAACUCCACAAGGGUGGCCAAAACCGCCGAACCACCAAAGUCCAGUCCCCUUUCAGUCCCCAGCUGCUAAACCCACAAUACCCACCCCUCCCCCUACGGUUCCCCAGUUGCCACGGCCAUACCAGCAGCUAAGCAGCAAGGUGGACGCCCUCCAGACCCAACAAACCCUAACACCACAACAAGGGCAGAACAGAAGACACUCUUCAAUGACCACAGCCGGUUCUCUGAAGGGUGCGGAUCGGAAGAGCCCAUUGGAGGCCUUCUCCCGGCGUAGCUUGAACUACGGACAUCCUCUGACGGGGCAGGGUUCGGGUGCUUUACCCAAGCCCCAGCCCUCCUUUCUUUACUCAUACACCAACUCACAGUCCCAGCUCCAACGUCAGACCCAACCCAUGAUUGCCGGUGAUCAGAUGGCUCCAACAGUCAGCAGCCAGCAGUCCACCUACAGGCAGGUCUCAGCUAUGGGGGAUCCAGAGCCGGGAGAUUCGGGGCAGGACCUCAACAAGUCUGGGUUUAGGAUUUGCGUUGGCAAGCUGUACAGCAUAAAGGGCCUAAAGAACAAGGGGAGCAGCUCACCAUCUCAGACCAAGAGAAAUCCUGAUUCCUUAGCACAACCACACAAGAGCACAGGCUAGCCCAGGAGGUGGAAAUACAGCGUGGUUUCAAGCAUCAAGGGAACCCAAGAUAUAGGACAGCGAUUUUCUUCUUACAUGUACUAUCCAAGGGUUGCAUCUCCGGAUGCCGAACGAGUCAGUCCACAUGUGAUUUUCGGAUACCUUGAAAAUCAGACCAAUUUAAACAUUGUGGGGAAUAUUAUACCUUUGAAUGUAUGUGUGCCAAUGUGUCCCAUAUCACAGCGGUGGGUGACUGUCCAAGACAAAUAUUUGACUUUAUUGCGUGCGUAAAAAAAUAUAAUUACUGUACAAAUACAGGGGAAGACUUUUGCUCCUUCUUGUGGAGUCUUACAACAAGGCUUAAUCCGAGUUAUGCUAAGUAUCUUUGACGAUAUACACAUGAACAGACAUGGGGUCUAACUUUGGCCUGACAUUUAGCUCAGGCCAGCUAUAAACAAUAAGUCUACCAUUGUUUAUAGGUGCUGAUUGGUGUUUGUACGUUAUACAUUUAGACAACACAAAUAGACUCAUGCAAAUACACAAUUUGUAUGUAUGACUUUCUUAGAAGGGUCAUUUACAAACUUUUCUGUUGUGCGCUAGAAGACUAGUGGUUGGCAGAUGUGUAUUGCAAUACAGGAAGGGAUCUCAUAAAUAUAUUUUAAAUAUCAGAAAAUGUUUUACUAUAAAUGCAGACACUAUGCCUAACUGUUAUUGAUGCUGUAAAUAAAACAAUAAAAAUAUACAUUUAUGAAAUCAAAAGGCGAUGCAAUAAAUGAAUUAGUCUUUAA